GGGGGUGUGGGGGGGCUGCUGGGGAUGACAACAUAGUGGCUCAGGAGCCUGGUGGUGGUGGCGGCGGCGCUGGCUACAACACACACACACGAGGGUGUAAUAUACCACGGCAGCCAUGACUACCAUGUUGGCCACUGCGCUGAGAGGAGCGGCGCGCCCCGCCAGGACCUUCCUGACGGCCCGAGGUCGCCCAGCACUGGAUGCCGCUCGGUGGCGGUCGCACCUGCCCUUGAACACUGUAGUGUUGUUUGUGCCUCAGCAAGAGGCUUGGGUGGUUGAGAGGAUGGGCAAAUUCCACAGAGUGUUGGACCCUGGCAUAAACCUGUUGAUACCCAUAUUAGAUAAAGUGAAGUAUGUACAGAGCUUGAAGGAAAUAGCAAUUGAUGUUCCAAAGCAAGCAGCGAUAACUUCGGAUAAUGUUACCCUGAGUAUUGAUGGCGUCCUCUACUUACGAAUCCUUGACCCAUACCGAGCAAGUUACGGAGUAGAAGAUCCAGAGUUUGCCAUUACUCAGCUUGCCCAAACUACUAUGAGGUCUGAACUUGGUAAGAUCUCUCUGGAUUAUGUCUUCAGAGAGAGAGAGAACCUGAACAUGAAUAUUGUUGAGGUAAUAAACAAGGCCUCCGAGGCCUGGGGGAUUACCUGCCUUCGUUAUGAAAUACGUGACAUUAAAUUACCACAGCGUGUACAAGAUGCAAUGCAGAUGCAGGUUGAGGCUGAGAGAAGAAAACGAGCAACAAUUCUUGAAUCUGAGGGAGUGAGAGAAGCAGAGAUUAAUGUUGCCGAGGGAAAACGACAAUCCCGAAUUCUUGCAUCAGAAGCAGACAAGAUUGAACAGGUCAACAGUGCCAAAGGUCAAGCUGAAGGACUUAAUCUUCUCUGUGAAGCAUUAAUUCAUAAACAAGGUCUAAAUGCAGCCUCCCUCUCUCUAGCCCAAGCAUACAUUGCUGCAUUCCAGAACUUGGCCAGCAAGAAUAAUACUCUCAUAUUACCAUCUAAUGUAGCAGAUGUCACUGGAGUAGUUGGGUCUGCUGUCAGUGUCUAUCAGACAUUGGCAAAGUCUUUAAAAGUUAAUGCCAGUAGCAAUGUUAAUGCUAGUAGCAAUGUAGAGCCAGAAGCUCAGGUUAAGCAUUAUGAGGAAAACGAAGAAAAAUAGAAAAUUACUGUAUUGGAGAUAUUUACUGUUGUAAAUGUCUCAUAUUGAUUGUAUUCCUAUAAAUAUUAUGCCUCCAUAAGAGUGAAUGAUAUAAAACUAUACAAGAAAGAAUAAUGGAUGAGACAUUGUAAAUGAUGGUAAUAUCUCAUGAAUCAUUCAUGUACAAUUCUGAGAUCCAGGAUAGGUUAACUUUCUUUACUAUACCAGGGAUACCAUAGAAUGGGUGAGCCAGGUUAAGUUUAUUAUUGGUUAUACUGAAAUAUUUCAAGAAAACCCUUGUUAACUAUCAAUAAAGGAUGUGCAGAA